UAGAUAUCCUCAGGGAGAAGAAGAAGAGUAAGAAGCAUACCACAUACAGAUACGGCCUAUCUUAGGCAAGGGACGUCCUUAAGAACCCGGGGUUUGGACCAAUCGCUGACGAGGACCAGCAUGAUGACAUUUUGAACACCAUGUUGGCCUGGUACAAACAGGAGACAAAGGUUGCUAGUGAUGAGUUCCCUGACUGGAACUACGUCCUGGAUGUUUGGAUCCCAGAGGCCAUAGUGUAUGCCAUAAUAAGGUUGAAGAAGUACACUCGUAAGAAGGCGUGGCAGCGGUUUGAGAAAGGAGUGUACAUAACAAAGAAAGAGAGAGCGGAGGUCUACAAGUCGAGAGUACUGGAGAGCGCUAAAAGGAUAUCACCCGAGGACGUACAGAGGUACAAGGAGAAUCUAAAGGACAGGAUGAACGUCAUCUGUCAACGGAGUGGACUCCAGAAUAUCAUAUUGUGAUUACGAUUUACAGGACAGAAUGAAUGUUAUCUGUUAAAGGAGUGGACUUCAGAAUAUCAUAUUAUGAUUACGAUUUACAGGGCAGGAUGAAAGGCGCGGACUUCAGAAUAUCAUAUUAUGAUUACGAUUUACAGGGCAGGAUGAAAGGCGCGGACUUCAGAAUAUUAUAUUAUGAUUACGAUUUACAGGGCAGGAUGAAAGGCGCGGACUUCAGAAUAUCAUAUUGUGAUUACGAUUUACAGGACACGAUGAAAGGCGCGGACUUCAGAAUAUCAUAUUAUGAUUAUGAUUUACAGGACAUGAUGAAUGUUAUCUGUUAAAGGCGCGGACUUCAGAAUAUCAUAUUGUGAUUACGAUUUACAGGACAUGAUGAAAGGCGCGGACUUCAGAAUAUCAUAUUAUGAUUAUGAUUUACAGGACAUGAUGAAUGUUAUCUGUUAAAGGCGCGGACUUCAGAAUAUCAUAUUGUGAUUACGAUUUACAGGACAUGAUGAAAGGCGCGGACUUCAGAAUA